CAACUGCUAGCUAAACCCCUGUGAGAGAGACGUGAGGUAGGUACGUGUACGUCUCGUCUCGUCUCCCUCUCGACCGGGCCUCUCGUGCUUCGACUUACACGUCUAUAUCCGGUGGCACUUUGUAAUACUUGGCUGGAUGUAAGAUAUACCCACCUUGUAAGAGCCUGCUUCUCCGUGCCACUCCUGCCCGAGCUGGCACCUGCCCCGGCGUAUAUAAAUACCGAGCCUGGACUUGUCGUGGGAUCCCUUCCUAGCAAUAGGCACACUUUGGUUUUGGAAGAUCACACUUCACACCUACCAUCUUCUCCCCGUAUCCUCGAGCUCUUGGUGAGUGAACCUAUCACGUCUACGAUUGUUGCUGUCGUUGCUGUCGUUGUUGCUGCUGCUGCUAUACCACUAUGAAUACCUCUCUCCCAGCACCUAAUGGGUUGUCGGAUCGGGUAGGUCCAGAGGCGUCCCAGACGAACGGUGAGACCUCUCCACCGGACGCGGCCUUUGGCGAGAGGUGUGAAUUCAUAGCAUACCACGAGAUCGUGAAACACGGCCAAACCUCGACGGAGCCAGCCUCUGAUCCCUUUGGACGGUAUGACUCGGGCAGCCAGGACGGCGCCUAUGCUCUGGUCAUCCGAAGGAGAUUUCAGGAAAACGAACCGAGUAGGACUGCGCUGCAGGUCAACUCCCCCUUCAUCCGAAAAGCCUUCCGCGAGGUCAUCAAGUCGUACGUGGCCGUGCCCUCUGAUUUUACCUCUACCGUCGAGCUUCACAGCCCCUUCGGGAUGCUAGUCCACUACUGGGACGAGCUGGAGGCUUACCGGCGUUUGGCGACCGACGUCAUCGAGAGGGAGCAUCUCGGUCUGCUCUUCGAGUUCAUGGAGCACGAGGUCAAACCCCAGCGCGAGCGCGCUCUCAAGAUGAUACAGAAGUGUCAGAUCGCCUACGACAACGCCUGGAUCAUCUACCGCCCCGGCGACGUCAUGUACGUCGAGGUCGAGGGCCACCCCUGGCUAAUGGUCUGCCGGAAGACGGCCUAUGAAGUGGACCACGUGUCGGGUCCCUAUUUUGAGGUGUGCUGCUCGUAUACGGACGAUAGCGGCGUAACGACGGGUCAAGCUGAGCACAUCAUCGUCAUGAACCAACGUGCCAAAUUCCCCGCCGGAAGCGCUGUGCUUAUCACGGACCUCGACGUAUACCCUCGUACGUUCGCCCGAGAAGGCGAUAGUCUCGAGGCCCGUCUCAAGGUUCGCGGGGAAAAGUUCCUCUUGUUGAAAGACACGACUACUGUAGCAUAUGACGGUGCUGCCGAAUGGCUCAAGGAGCCGCCCUACGAUUACUACGACCCAUCGCGGUGCAAGUUCCGCGGUGUCUGGCUGCCGUAUACCGAGACCGGGCGCGUCGUACUCGACCGAAAGACCUUCGGUGAGGAGCUGCCCCUAGGCGCUGCUAGGGUCAAGAAGUCGGAUCCGGACCCGGUCCAGUGCCCGCCGUUCACGCUGGGCUACUCGCUCGGGCGGAAGCAGUGGUGCCGUUUCUUUGUAGAUAACAUCCGUGACGUCGAGUGGAGCCCGAACGCGUGGGACUCCCUCGUGCUCCUAGAGAAGGAGAAGCAUCUGCUUCGCGCCCUCAUCUCGUCGCAUGCGUACUCGAAGAACCCGCGCGAGUCCAUGCAACAGAAGGGCAAGGGGCUCGUGAUCCUGCUUCACGGAACGCCUGGUUCCGGUAAGACGCUCACAGCAGAGACCGCUGCCGAGGGGUCUCGGAAGGCGCUUGUUUCGACCUCCGUCGGCGACCUCAACAAGGGCGGCAAUAUGCUUACCGGUUUGGCUUCGUUUGAGAAGGAGCUGAAGAAGAUCCUCCAGUACGCAACAGUAUGGCAGGCGGUGGUUCUUAUCGACGAGGCCGACGUGUUCUUGGAGGCUCGGAAGGACGUCGGUAACUCGGAGCGUAACGUAUUGGUUGCUGUCUUGCUUCGAGAGCUCGAGUACUUUAGUGGGAUUGUCUUUCUGACCACGAACCGCGUUAACUCGUUCGACGUAGCCAUGAAGUCUCGGAUCCACCUCUCCCUCAGCUACACGCCGCCCGAGACGAAGGUGCGCCGGUCGAUCUGGCGGAAGUGUCUCGAGACCGUGCUCGCCGACGUCAACGAGGUAGACAUGCCGGAGACUCUCAGCCUGCUGGCCGCCGUCGAGCUGAACGGCAGGGAAAUCGCGAACUCGGUAAACACGGCGAAGACGCUGGCACGGUUUGACGAGGCCCCCCUCAAGCUGGGCCACAUCCUCAUGGUUCUCGAGGUGCGUCAAACCUUCGACCAGAGCUUUCGCGCCGCGACCAAGACUCCGUGAACACGGUUAUUACACUAUACAGCUUUCUAUAAAUUCGGAGCAUAUGUGUUAUAGAGAGUUUCGUAGGACGGACUGCAUGAGGUGAUGCGAAGUGAAGCGUAUUAUAUAAACUCUGGGGUGGGUCACGUUGUGGAGAAAGAUGGCAGACUGCUUUGCUACUAUAUCCCUCUCGGCUUCCUCUAUUUGGAGCCUUUCAUAUACGAAAGAUCACUUAUCUACAUGGUCGGAGGGCUUCGGCGAUUUAGUGCAUCUUAGCUAGUAUAGGCGCGCACGAGUUAAUACAUGCGUCGUUGCAUUUAAAUGCCGAUACUACGAGAACAUGACACGCUACUUCGAGAGUACCGCGAGAUUGGUUUCUGUUGUGCUACCCUGCGUUUAUGAUGCCGUGUCCCAACUUCUUGGUCCAGCGGCGAGCGCGUGUCUCAAAGCCCCUCAUUCUCUCGUGUUAUCUACAUAGCUAGCGAGUAGCCUGCAGAAAGACGCCGGCAUCUUGCUGAGCGACACCCGGGUCCUGCGGCCACUCGUCCAGCACGAAAGGCUCGCCAACGAGGGUGAAGUUCCACGUAG